AUGUUAGUCUUGAGUCCUGUGAUCUUAGCGGAUCAUGUUCCAGGUCACGUGGUAAUGUUUUUCGAAAUGCACGGUGACAAAGUUCAUGUGGUACCUCAAAAUAUGGGAGCUGAAAAACAUGAGAACAAAAAAGAAUCACACUCAAAACGAUCACAGAAAGAAGAAAUCUCAGAGCAAGAUCCGUAUACAACAGCCCAAUCAAAAUCAGAUAGUCUAAGCACAAUAUUAAAAAGUGCAUUAGGGUCAAUUCCAUCUGUUGACAAUCAAGAUGAUGAUGAUGACGAUGGCAAAGUUGAAAAUCAUAUACCAGGAUACAAAAAUAAUCCAGUUACUACACCACUUAGUGAAAGUAUAACGGAUGAAUGGACAAAAUUAAUUGGUGAUUGUGAUCAUAAUUCUUCACUUGAUCCAACCGCAACUUCAGCUUGUCAUCAACGUAAAAAGAAAUGA